UGAAACAUGAAGCUUUAAUCUGCAGAGACGCUGAUCCUGCAUGAUAACACUCACCAGAGGAACAGAACAGAGACAGACGGACAUCAGGAGGACAUUCACUGAACACAGACUGAGCGACUCCACCUGAACUCACAAACUCAAAGUGUGAUGUCCUCAGGUCCGCAGGACUCCAGCGUUGAGCAGCGUCGGCUGCAGAGGAGAGAACUCACAUCAUAUCAGAUUUUCCCGGAGCCAUCGGAGCAGCUGGAGCCGGGGCAGGUGAAGGAGCGUCUGCCCUCCAUCGUGGUGGAGCCGUCGGAGGAGAGCGAGGAGGAGAGCGGAGGACUGCAGUGGCCUACUCUUCACACACAGACCUCCGUCAGUGAGGAGGAGGAGGAGGAGGAAGACCCUUUCCAGGAUAACUGUGAGCCCAACAGAGCCGGUCAGGGGGAGCAGAUCAAUGCAGACGGAGUUCCUCAUUUUAAACGUUCGUCGAUUCCUGGUAUUCAGAUCGAGUACAGCAGACUGACUCCGCCCCCUUCGCCGACGUCAUCACACGCGGCCCCGCCCCGUUUCCGCAACUGAGCACAAACACCAAAAUCAUCAUCAGCAUAGCACUGCAUUUACACUCAUUCAUCAUAACUGAAGCAUUCAAAUUUAGGAUUAUUUUCAUUUACCUUUUUUCAAGGUUUAACUUUGAAAUAUCUGUCUCAAAGUCAUUAUGUUGACACAAAUGCGAAUUUUGAGCGGGUACCAAAUAGUAAAUUACACUCAUUAAACUGUAGAGGGCUCCAAAGUCACCAAAAAUAGGCAAAACUACAUACAGUUGUUUUAAAUGAAAUGUUUCUAGAUUUUGAAAAAUGAUGAGAAAUCUCUUAGUUUAUGCUGUGUUUCUCAUUGACUAAUCACAUGUAAGUAAAUGAGUGUCACUGAUCAUGAGACGCUCAGAUUGAAGACUCUUUGGAUCAUCUCAGGUCACGAUGAUCAUCAGCUUUAGUUCACGAAGCUCCAGACACCAAAUACUUUCUCACAUUCAUGAAUAUUUCUCGCAGACUGUAAUAUAUAUUGCAUAGAAACAUGCAAAACUAGUUCAAACAGUAGAGCGUGUGCUUGCAACACCAAGCUCAGGGGUUAGAUUCCCAGGAAAAGCAUGAUCAAAAGAUUAAACGUAAACUUCCAGUGCAGUGGCUUUGGAUAAAAUAAUGUCUGCCAAAUGUAGAAAUAUGAAUGUAAAUUUCUCUAGUGGUGUAAGAUGUACAUUAUGAAUCUGUUGACUGAAAGCGUGAUGCACAUUCAGAUAUAUGUAUGAAUAACUGCAGAUGAUAAUGACUGUUAGAAUCACAGUCUGCCUUGAUAUUUAACCACAAUAUUGGAGUUGUAGAUGAUAUAGUAUCACACCACAUCUGUGUCCCUGCAGCACAGAAGCAGUCAUCAGUAGCACAGGUAUAUUUGUAGCAAUAGUCAACAAUACAUUGUA